UGAUCCCCAAAGUGACUAAGCACUUGCUCUCCAACCCUGUCUUCACCUGUAUCAUCCUGGCAGCCUGCAUGGAGAUCGCGGUGGUGGCCGGAUUCGCCGCCUUCCUGGGCAAGUACCUGGAGCAGCAGUUCAACCUCACCACCUCAUCUGCCAACCAGCUCCUGGGGAUGACAGCAAUCCCAUGUGCGUGCCUGGGCAUUUUCCUGGGUGGCCUCUUGGUGAAGAAGCUCAGCCUGUCUGCCCUGGGAGCCAUCCGGAUGGCCAUGCUGGUGAACCUGGUGUCCACAGCUUGCUACGUGUCUUUCCUCUUCCUGGGCUGUGACACAGGACCUGUGGCAGGGGUUACUGUUCCCUAUGGAAACAACUCAACUCCAACCUCAUCUCUGGACCCAUAUUCCCCCUGCAAUAACAACUGUGAAUGCCAAACUGAUUCCUUCACUCCAGUCUGUGGGGCAGAUGGGGUCACAUACUUAUCUGCCUGCUUUGCUGGCUGCAGCAGCACGAACCUCAGUGGCUGUUCGUGCCUCACCUCGCUCCCUGCUGCCAACGCCACCGUGGUCCCUGGCAAAUGCCCCAGUCCUGGCUGUGAAGAGGCCUUCCUGACAUUCCUCUGCGUGAUGUGUGUCUGCAGCAUGAUCGGGGCCAUGGCGCAGACGCCCUCGGUCAUCAUACUCAUCAGAACCGUCAGCCCCGAACUCAAGUCUUAUGCUCUGGGGGUGCUUUUCCUGCUGCUCCGUUUGCUAGGUUUCAUCCCACCUCCACUGAUCUUUGGGGCUGGAAUUGACUCCACGUGUCUGUUCUGGAGCACGUUCUGUGGGGAGCAAGGAGCCUGUGCAUUGUAUGACAACGUGGUCUAUAGAUACCUGUACGUCAGCAUUGCUAUUGCCCUCAAGUCGUUUGCAUUCAUCUUGUACACAACCACCUGGCAGUGCUUGAGGAAAAACUAUAAAAGAUACAUCAAGAACCACGAAGGUGGUCUCAGCACUAGUGAGUUUUUUGCCUCUACUCUCACCCUAGACAAUCUGGGGCGGGACUUGGUGCCCCAAAAUCAAUCACAUAGGACAAAAUUUAUCUAUAACCUUGAAGAUCAUGAAUGGUGUGAAAAUAUGGAGUCUGUUUUAUAG